GUCAGCCCAGUCAUCACCAUUAGCCAAUAUCACUACGAGGUUGGUUUGUCUACAUGGAUAUAUAUACAUAUAGAUAGACCACUCCCUCACCCACCCUGUACCCAUAGUAUACUAAUCAAAUCACAUCACAAUGGCUGUCUCGAUUGACCUCCCCGCAACACAACGGGCCAUCGUGGCCAAUGACCAGCUCGACUACUGCAUCCGCGAUGACGUGCCCCUUCCACCCUUGCUGCCGGACUGCGUUAUCAUCAAGACGGAAUAUGUUGGCUUAAACCCGGUCGACACGAAGAUGGUGGGGCCGUUUGUGAAACCGGGGGCUUCUUACGGGAUCGAUGCUUCUGGAACAAUCGUCGCGAUGGGUGCCGAGGUCGUCGCCGCCGGCCGUCUACAUUUGGGAGAUCGCAUCGCCGGCGCUGCAGAGGGUAUGGAGGGUCUUCGGCCACAGAGUGGUGCCUUUGCCGAAUACGUAUCGGUCGACGGGGGCAUGGCAUUGCAGAUGCCCGAUGGGAUGAGCUUUGCUGAGGGCGCAGGGGCCGGUCUGCGUAUCGCAACGGCGAGCAUGGCACUCUUUCAUUCGCUGGGACUACCGGCUGAGCGACUGCGAACAGCUCUGGAUCCCAAGACCCAAGAAGACAACAGCGAUAUUGAGGCAACUGCAGCCGCGAACACUGUGCUUGUCUACGGUGGUGCCACAAGUACCGGAACGAUGGCCAUCCAGCUACUCAAGCGAUGCGGUAUGCGCGUUAUCACCACUUGCUCGCCGCGGAACUUCGAUCUCGUACGCUCAUAUGGUGCCGACGACUGCUUCGACUACCGGUCCCCGACCUGCGGAGCCGACAUUCGGGCAUCGACAGGCAACGCACUGGAAUAUGCCCUCGACUGCAUUACGGAGGAGAGUACGAUGAAGAUCUGCUACCAGGCACUGGGACGUUGCGGUGGGAAAUAUGUCGGUCUCGAGCCGUACCCCGAAACGGCAGACAGCCGUCGCACCGUUGCGCCAGACUGGAUUCUGGCGACCUGGAUGCGCGGUUUGCCCAUCAGCUGGCCGGAGCCGUUCGGUACGCAAGGCAAGCCCGAGGCGCGCGAGUUUGCACGAAACUUUUUCCCCUACAUUCAUCCGCUGUUUUCGGCUGGUCAGCUCAAGACGCAUCCGAUUCGUGAGGAACCUGACGGCUUUGAGGGGCUGUUGGAUGGUGUGGCGCUGAUUCGGAAGGGACAGAUUAAUGGGCAGAAGCUGGUAUAUCGCACGGCUGAUCGGAGGGUUGGGACUGCAAUUCAGGCUGCUGCAUAGGUAGAGAUAUAAGUGGACAGUUCAAUAUUCCUCAUAUCUCGAUUAGACUUUUCUCGAAGUUUUCAUAAACUCGGAUUAUAUUGGGGAGUGACGACUGAAGUCAUCAGAGCUUAGCAUAUCCUGAUGACUUGAAACGAAAAUGAAGUGAGCGUGAGAUUAAGUGACCAUGUUGAUACAUCGU